AUGUACUGCCAGGCGAACACAGCGGCACCGCCUCAGUCCAAAGUCUGCCAGCAAACACAGCGGGCAACGCCUCAGUCCAAGUCUGCCAGGCGAACACAGCGGGCACUGCCUCAGUCCAAAGUCUGCCAGGCUAACACAGCGAACACAGCGGGGCACCGCCUCAGUAAAAAAGUCUGCCAGGCGAACACAGCGGGCACCGCCUCAGUCCAAAGUCUGCCAGGCGAACACAGCGGGGCAACGCCUCAGUCCAAAGUCUGCCAGGCGGACACAGCCGGCACUGCCUCAGUCCAAAGUCUGCCAGGCGAACACAGCGGGCAACGCCUCAGUCCAAAGUCUGCCAGGCAAACACAGCGGCACUGCCUUAGUCCAGAAUCUGCCAGGCUAACACAGUGGGCAACGCCUCAGUACAAAGUCUGCCAGGCGAACACAGCGGCACCGCCUCAUCCAAAGUCUGCCAGGCAACACAGCAGGGCACGCCUCAGUCCAAAGUCUGCCAGGCGACACAGCGGGCACCGCCUCAAUCCAGAGUCUGCCAGGCGAACACAGUGGGGCAUUGCCUCAGUCCAAAGUCUGCCAGGUGAACACAGCAGGCAACGCCUCAGUCCAAAGUCUGCCAAUUGGAAACAGCCGGCACUGCCUCAGUCCAAAGGCUGCAAGGCUAACACAGCAGAGCACUGCCUCGGUCCAAAGUCUGCCAGGCGAACACAGCAGGCACCGCCUCAAUCCAGAGUCUGCCAGGCAAACACAGCGGGGCGCUGCCUCAGUCCAAAGUCUGCCAGUCUGCCAGGCAAACACAGUGGGGCACCGCCUCAGUUCAAAGUCUGCAAGGUGAACACAGCAGGGCACCGCCUCAGUUUAGAGUCUGCCAGGCGAACACAGUGGGCACCGCCUCAGUCCAGAGUCUGCCAGGCAAACACAGUGGGCACCGCCUCAGUCCAAAGUCUGCCAGGCGAACACAGCGGGGCACCGCCUCAGUCCAAAGUCUGCCAGGCAAACACAGCAGGGCACCACCUCAGUCCAAAGUCUGCCAGGCGAACACAGCGGAGCACCACCUCAGUCCAGAGUCUGCUAGGUGAACACAGCGGGCAACGCCUCAGUCCAGAGUCUGCCAGGCGAACACAGCGGGGCGCCCCCUCAAUCCAAAGUCUGCCAGGCGAACACAGUGGGGCAUCGCCUCAGUCCAAAGUUUGCCAGGUGAACACAGCAGGCAACGCCUCAGUCCAAAGUCUGCCAAACGAACACAGAGACACCGCCUCGGUCCAAAGUCUGCAAGGCGAACACAGCGGAGCACCGCCUCGGUCCAAAGUCUGCCAGGUGAACACAGCGGGCACUGCCUCAAUCCAGAGUCUGCCAGGCAAACACAGCGGGGCGCUGCCUCAGUCCAAAGUCUGCCACGCGAACACAGCAGGGUGCCCCCUCAGUCCAAAGUCUGCCACGCGAACACAGCGGGCGCUGCCUCAGUCCAAAGUCUGCCAGGUGAACACAGCGGGGCUCCGCCUCAGUCCAAAGUCUGCCAGCCGAACAAAGCGGGGCACCGCCUCAGUCCAAAGUCUGCCAGCCGAACAAAGCGGGGCACCGCCUCAGUCCAAAGUCUGCCAGCCGAACACAGCGGGGCACCGCCUCAGUCCAGAGUCUGCAAGGCGAACACAGCAGGGCACGACCUCAGUCCAGAGUCUGCCAGGUGAACACAGCAGGCACCACCUCAGUCCAGAGUCUGCCAGGGGAACACAGCCGGAACCACCUCAGUCAAAAGUCUGCCAGGUGAACACAGCGGGGCACCGCCUCAGUCCAAAGUCUGCCAGGCGAACACAGCGGGGCACCACCUCAGUCCAAAGUCUGCCAGGCGAACAAAGCGGGGCACCGCCUCAGUCCAGAAGUCUGCCAGGCAAACACAGCGGGGCGCUGCCUCAGUCCAAAGUCUGCCAUGCGAACACAGCAGGGUGCCGCCUCAGUCCAAAGUCUGCCACGCAAACACAGCGGGUGCCGCCUCAGUCCAAAGUCUGCCAGGCGAACACAGCGGGGCUCCGCCUCAGUCCAAAGUCUGCCAGGCGAACACAGCGGGGCACCGCCUCAGUCCAAAGUCUGCCAGGCGAACACAGCGGGGCACCGCCUCAGUCCAGAGUCUGCAAGGCGAACACAGCGGGCACCGCCUCAGUCCAGAGUCUGCAAGGCGAACACAGCGGGCACCGCCUCAGUCCAGAGUCUGCCAGGCGAACACAGUGGGAACUGCCUCAGUCAAAAGUCUGCCAGGCGAACACAGCUGGGCACUGCCUUAGUCCAAAGUCUGCCAGGCGGACACAGCGGGCACCGCCUCAGUCCAGAGUCUGCCAGGUGAACACAGUGGGGGAUCGCCUCAUUCCAAAGUCUGCCAGAGUCUGCCAGGCAAACACAGCGGGGCGCUGCCUCAGUCCAAAGUCUGCCAGGCGAACACAGCGGGGUGCCGCCUCAGUCCAAAGUCUGCCAGGCGAACACAGCGGGCGCCGCCUCAGUCCAAAGUCUGCCAGGCGAACACAGCGGGGCUCCGCCUCAGUCCAAAGUCUGCCAGCCGAACACAGCGGGGCACCGCCUCAGUCCAAAGUCUGCCAGGCGAACACAGCGGGGCACCGCCUCAGUCCAGAGUCUGCAAGGCGAACACAGCAGGGCACCGCCUCAGUCCAGAGUCUGCCAGGCGAACACAGCGGGCACCGCCUCAGUCAAAAGUCUGCCAGGCAAACACAGCGGGGCACCGCCUCAGUCCAGAGUCUGCUAGGUGAACACAGCGGGCAACGCCUCACUCCAGAGUCUGCCAGGCAAACACAGCAGGCACCGCCCCAGUCCAAAGUCUACCAGGCGAACACAGCGGGGCGCCCCCUUAGUCCAAAGUCUGCCAGGCGAACACAGCGGGGUGCCCCCUCAGUCCAAAGUCUGCCAGGCGAACACAGCGGGGCGCCACAUCAGUCCAAAGUCUGCCAGGCGAACACAGCGGGGCGCCGCCUCAGUCCAAAGUCUGCCAGGCGAACUCAGCGGGCACCGCCUCAGUCCAAAGUCUACCAGGCGAAUCCCUACAAAGGGUACGGUAUGUAA